GGUUCGACCAAACUUGCACAGUUACACUGCACAUUGUCGGAGAAACAUGGGUUCGCGUUUUCUCAUUUCCUAUUUGCUAACCUUCCGUUCAUCAUAGUACACUAUAUGACGAAAAUUCCCCGCCUUAAUUUGCAAUUACUAAAAAAUUUCAACCUUUGUCAAAGAAAUCUCAGUGACCCCAAAUUGCAAUGGAUUCCUCCAAAUUCUAGGGUUUCUUUUUUAAAAUUUUAAACAAGAUAAAUCUAUUAGAUUAGAAUCGAUUAAAUUACCCGUCCCCCUCUGUUCAAGCGCGAUUUUGCACUGGGUUUGGCCAACAGAAUCAAUGGGUCGCUCUCGCGGGAAUUUUCACCACGCCGAUGAGGACCCAAGCCAAAGGUCAAGGAGAAAAAAGAAUGCUGCCAGUGGAGAAAAUUUAGAGCCUGGAGCUGCUGGGCAGGGAGCAAGUGAAGGGAAGAGAGCUUUGUAUCACUGUAAUUAUUGUAAUAAAGAUAUUACAGGGAAAAUCCGCAUCAAGUGUGCUAUGUGCCCUGAUUUUGACCUAUGUAUAGAAUGUUUUUCUGUUGGAGCUGAGGUGACACCGCAUAAAAGCAGUCACCCUUACAGGGUUAUGGAUAAUUUAUCUUUCCCUCUUAUUUGUGCUGACUGGAAUGCAGAUGAUGAAAUUCUGCUUCUAGAGGGCAUUGAAAUGUAUGGCUUGGGAAACUGGGCAGAAGUUGCUGAGCAUGUUGGGACAAAGAACAAAGAAUCAUGCAUAGAACACUAUAGGAAUAUAUAUUUGAACUCCCCUUUCUUUCCUCUUCCGGACAUGUCUCAUGUUGUUGGGAAAAACAAAAAAGAACUUCUUGCCAUGGCGAAAGGACAGGGUGAGGACAAGAAAGGAAUUUCCAUGGCAGAUGGUCUUAAGGAAGAAUCUACGUUUUCUCCUUCUAGAGUCAAAGUUGAAGAUUCCCAUAAAGCUGGUUCCUCUGGCUCCAAUCAGAAGGCCUCAAAUUCAGCCCGUGGAAAAGACGGCCUUGGUGUAGUUAAAUUGGAAGAUUCUCAAGUAGACAGGAAUUUUGGUGGAAAGAAACCAAAUUCCUCAGGAAAUGAAGGUCCUUCAUUGGUAGAAUCCAGUGGUUAUAAUUCAAAAAGACAGGAAUUUGAUCCGGAAUAUGAUAAUGAUGCUGAACAACUACUUGCUGAAAUGGAAUUUAAGGACGCUGACACUGACGAUGAGAGAGAGAUAAAACUACGUGUCUUACGUAUCUAUGCAAAAAGGCUUGAUGAAAGAAAGCGUAGAAAGGAUUUCAUUCUUGAAAGAAAUUUGUUAUACCCAAAUUCAUUCGAGAAGGAUUUAACCCCUGAGGAGAAGGCGAUAUGUAGGAGAUAUGACAUAUUCAUGCGCUUUCAUAAAAAGGAAGAGCAUGAGGAAUUGCUUCGAACAGUUAUUUCUGAACAUAGAACUCUUAAAAGACUUCAAGAUCUCAAGGAAGCACGGGCUGCCGGUUGUCGUAAUGCAGCUGAAGCUGAAAGGUAUCUGUUGAAUAAGAGAAGAAGGGAAGCUGAUGAAAGUACACGAAGGGUAAAAGAAAGUGCUCAGGGUGGCCCAAGCAAUCAGGGGGUUCCAAAUGCAUUAAUGUCUCCAGACUCCGCUAGCAAGGAUAUGAGUGGCAGGCCUGCAGGACCUGCUACUUCAAGUUCUGUCAAUGAAAUGGAUGUGACAGGAUACUAUGGGGCUGAUUUACUUUCUGAACCUGAGAAACGCUUGUGCUGUGAACUAAGGUUGCCACCAGCCUUAUAUCUGAAGAUGCAAGAGCAGCUAUCUCUACAAAUACUUAGUGGCACCAUCUCUGCAAAAUCUGAUGCUCAUCAAUUGUUCAAGAUGGAUGCUAUCAAAAUUGAUAGGGUCUAUGAUAUGCUCAUAAAAAAGGGUAUUGCUUCACCUUGAGACACUAGUCUAGCCUCCCCAUUAAUUUAAAAUAAAUUGAGGUUGUUGUAUAAUUAAUUUUAUUCUGUAUCCAUACAUAAAUACUUGUAGGAAUUUUGAGGUGUUGUAUCAAGCUCUAGUAUGAACAUAGGAAUAUGAGAGAUGGACCUAUACACACUUCAAAGGACAAAGGGUCCAUGGGACACUGCAUGUGCUCCCAUCUUAUUGCAUACGCACUAGAAUUUAGAGGUGGGAGUUAAAUUUUUGGGAAAUUAAAACUUUAGACUCAUGUCAAACCAAUGUUUGUAGUCUAGACCAUCUCACAGUUCCGAACAAAAAACUAGUUUGCUAACGUGAGACUUUGAAAUUUUGUUCGAUCAAAGUUGUCUACUUUUAAAUUUUCAAUGCAGUCGGUCAUUGUAUAUGUCAUACGGUAUUUAAUAAUACUUUUAAAUUUUUAAUGAUAUCUUGAACAUUUAUUAUUCUUUAUA